AUUCAGAUUUGAAGCAUCACUUAGAAACCAGUGCAGUCUUCAAAGGUGUUUCUAAGACCAUUCAGAAUGAAAUACUUGACUGCCUGCUACAAAUAUACCAUGACGAGAUAAGGGCGGAAAUUAGAAAGGCUUCCUUUGUAGCUGUCAUGGCUGAUGACACAACAAAUGUUUCAGAACACACUCAAAUGGUCCUUGUUCUACGGUACGUAUUGAAUGGAGAAAUAUUUGAGCGUUUUGGGGGAUUCUUUAUUCCAGAAAAUCAAACUGCAGAUGGCAUAUCAAAACGUAUUUUAGAACAAUUGGAUAUAAUCCUUCAAGGAAAUGGACAAAAACUGAUAGCUCAGACAUUUGAUGGUGCAAAUGUCAUGAAAGGCAAAAAAGCAGGAAUUCAAGCAAAAAUAAAAGCAGUUUAUA